AGAGAGAGGCUGCCAGGGUGAAUGGAGGCGACAAGAUGCCGUCUGCAACGGCGGAGAAGAGGAAUUAACAUCGAUAAAGAUCUGACUUUGACGUACUCCAACUAUUAAGGCAUGAAGUAAGUCUCCCAUGUGUGGUUCAGAGAGCAAUCUCAUUUCAGCGUGCCCCCGUUAAGGACCCUCUGGUGGCUACACCGCUGAUUCACAGGACAUGUACGGCAGUGCCAGAGCUGUAGGCCAUAUAGAGAGCAGCCCCGCACGGUCCCCGCGCCUGCCAAGGUCCCCCAGACUGGGCCAUCGGAGGGCCAACAGUGGGGGCGGGGGUGGUGCGGGGGGCAAGACGCUCUCCAUGGAGAACAUCCAGUCCCUCAACGCUGCCUACGCCACAUCAGGGCCCAUGUACCUGAGCGACCACGAGGGCGUGGGCUCCACUGCCACUUACCCUAAGGGCACCAUGACUCUGGGUCGCGCCACCAGCCGGGCCAUGUACGGGGGCCGCGUCACAGCCAUGGGCAGCAGUCCCAACAUCGCUUCCGUGGGGCUGCCCCAUGCUGACCUUCUGUCUUACAGUGACCUGGGCUCCCUCUCCAUGCUGCACUCCCACCACCACCACCAGGGGGUGCCCUCUGCCCUGCUGAGGCAGGCGGUGCGGGGCAGUGGUGGGGAGCUGCUGGAGAUACAGGCCCAGUUCAGGGAGAUGCAGAGGGAGAAUGAGCUGCUGCGCAGGGAGCUUGACCUGAAGGACAGUAAGUUGGGAUCGUCCACCAACAGCAUCAAGAGCUUCUGGAGUCCUGAGCUGAAGAAAGAGAGAAUAAUGAGGAAAGAGGAGGCCGCACGCACAUCGAUCCUGAAGGAGCAGAUGAGAGUCACCCAUGAAGAGAACCAGCAUCUCCAGAUGACCAUCCAGGCUCUGCAGGACGAGCUGCGCACACAGCGAGACCUGAACCAUCUGCUGCAGCAAGAGAGCGGCAACCGCUCCGGUUCCGAUCACUUCACCACCAUCGAGCUGACGGAAGAGAACUUCCGUCGGCUGCAGGCCGAACACGACCGGCAAGCCAAAGAGCUCUUCUUGCUGAGAAAGACGCUGGAGGAGAUGGAGCUGAGGAUCGAGACACAGAAGCAGACGCUGGGUGCCAGAGACGAGUCCAUUAAGAAGCUUCUGGAGAUGCUGCAGAGCAAAGGGCUGCCCCAAGGGCCAGGCAGGGCAUCCGAGGAGGAAGAGCAGGAGAGAGCCAGGCGGAUAGCCGAGGCAGAGGCCCAGCUGGGACACCUGGAGGUCAUUCUGGAUCAGAAGGAGAAAGAGAACAUCCAUCUACGAGAGGAACUGCACAGAAGAAAUCAGCUGCACCAAGAUCCAAGCAAAACUAAGGCCCUGCAGACCAUCAUCGAGAUGAAAGACACCAAAAUUGCCUCUCUGGAGCGCAACAUCCGAGAUCUAGAGGAUGAGAUCCAGAUGCUGAAGGCGAACGGCUUACUGAACACGGAGGACAGAGAGGAGGAGAUCAAGCAGAUGGAGGUCUACAAGAACCACUCAAAGUUCAUGAAGACCAAGAUUGACCAGCUGAAGCAGGAGCUGUCGAAGAAGGAGUCGGAGCUGUUGGCUCUGCAGACAAAACUAGAGACCCUCAACAACCAGAACUCUGACUGCAAACAGCAUAUCGAGGUGCUCAAAGAGUCUCUCACUGCCAAGGAGCAACGUGCUGCCAUCCUGCAAACAGAGGUGGAUGCUCUUCGUCUGCGUCUGGAGGAGAAAGAGUCUUUCCUGAAUAAGAAGACCAAGCAGCUGCAGGACCUGACGGAGGAGAAGGGCACUCUCGCUGGAGAAAUCAGGGACAUGAAGGACAUGCUGGAGGUCAAAGAGCGGAAGAUCAAUGUCCUGCAGAAGAAGAUUGAGAACCUGCAGGAGCAGCUGCGGGACAAAGACAAGCAGCUGAGCAACCUGAAGGACAGGGUCAAGUCUCUGCAGACCGACUCCAGUAACACAGACACUGCCUUGGCCACCCUGGAGGAGGCGCUGUCAGAGAAGGAGAGGAUUAUAGAGCGUUUAAAGGACCAAAGAGAGAGAGAGGACAGAGAACGUCUGGAGGAGGUGGAGUCGUACAAGAAGGAGAACAAGGACCUAAAGGAGAAGGUCAACAGCCUGCAGAUAGAGUUAACAGACAAAGAGUCCAAUCUCAUCGAUCUAAAGGAACACGCCUCAUCCCUUGCGUCUUCUGGCCUUAAGAAGGAUUCAAAGCUCAAGUCACUGGAGAUCGCCAUCGAGCAGAAAAAAGAGGAGUGUAGUAAGUUGGAGACGCAGUUGCAGAAGCAAGCUGAGCAGCUAUUCAGUCACAUGAACAAUCCUAAAUCUCACGAGGUGGAGCAGCAGUCGGGCUCCAGAGGAAACCCAGAGUACGUGGAUCGAGUGAAGCUGCUGGAGAAGGAGGUGAACUACUUUAAGGAUGAAGCCGGCAAGUCUCAGACGGAGGUGGAGAGACUCCUGGACAUCCUGCGAGAGGUGGAGACUGAAAAGAACGAUAAGGACAAGAAGAUUGCUGAGUUGGAAAGACAAGGAGGCAAAGACCAGACUAAGAAGGGUCCAAACAUAAAGCUGGGACCACAAGGAGACAAGAAAGGCUUAGGACAGGACCCUCGUAAGGACGGCUCCAUGGACAGUGGCCACCACCUAAAGCUGGAGGAGUUGAUGAACACGCUAGAAAGGACGAGGCAGGAGCUGGACGCCACCAAGCAGCGUCUGUCCUCCACACAGCAGUCGCUGCAGGAGAGGGACACCCACCUCACCAACAUGAGACAAGAGCGCAGGAAACAGCUGGAGGAGAUCCUGGAGAUGAAACAACAGGCUCUUCUGGCAGCCAUCAGUGAGAAAGAUGCUAAUAUCGCACUGCUAGAACUUUCCGCCUCGAAUAAGAAGAAGACCCAGGACGAGGUGCUGAGUCUCAAGAGGGAGCGGGACAAACUGAUGCACCAGCUCAAACAGCACACACAGAGCAGAAUGAAACUGAUAGCUGACAACUAUGAAGAUGAGCAAUAUCACCCACAUGGUCCUCACCACCCCCAGCCUCAGCCCCCGCACGCUCAGCCGCAGACGCAGCCCCAGUACCCCCAUCCUCCCCAUGCCCAGCAGACUCAAUACUCACACGCCACUCAUCCACAGCAUCCUCAGCAUCCUCAGCAUCCGCAGACCCCCCAACAGCACCCUCAUGCCCAGCAGCCACAAGCACAGUACCCUCACCCUCCUCAUCAGCAACACCCCCAGCAACAUCCCCAGCAGCACCCACAGCAUCCCCAACCGCCUCCCCAACACCAACAGCACCAACAGCACCCACGCCCCCCUCAGCCCCAGCACCCUCACCAACAGCACCCUCAGCACCCAGCACAGCACCCACACGGACAUCCCCCUAUGCAGCACCCUCACCCGCAGCACCCGCACGGUCCUCCCCAACAAGGGCCGCACCCCCAGCAUCCGCACCCGCAGCACGCCCAGCACCCGCAGCAUCCUCAGCACCCGCAGCACCCGCAGCACCCGCAGCAUCCUCAGCACCCGCAGCACCCGCAGCACCCACACCACGCCCAGCAUCCACGUCACCCGUCGCCACAUCAUCGUGGAGGGCCAGCCCGCGGACCCCCACAUGCUGGUCACCGUCCAACUCCAGACCAGGAUGAUGAGGAGGGCAUUUGGGCGUAAUCCUUGCUGUGAGAACCAAAGCUCUAAUGUUGUUUUGAGGGAUGAUUCAGUCACUACCGGAGGAGCACAGCCAUGCCAUGAUGUUGAAACACUACCCGACCAAACAUUUAUUAUCUUCACCAAAUCUCAGAUAUGUUUUUUCAUUUUGGGGGGGGAAGAGGAGGAUACACUCAGGUGUGCAGGUCACAUGAGAGACUGACUGCUCGGCAGGUGACCUGGGAUCUCUUUGUGAGAACAGGAACAGAUCAUCAUCCACUUCCUCCGCACACGAACACAGCUGCGGAACUGAGCAGGAUGGAAAGAGGCAGAUGUUGAAGUGCUCUGUGUGUCAGGUUGUCAUUCAGACAGGCAUGUGAUCAACAUGGCAGCUCUGCAUCAGAGGUCUCGCUAAGGUCACCUCUCCUGUCUCUUGCCUGUUGAGCGGUCAACCUCUUGAUCCUCCCAGCAGAGAUCUCAGAACUGUCAGACUGACAGCUCAGAAUCGUUUUAUGUUUCUUCAUCCUUCCUUCAAUCACUGGUUCAAGAUGAUGGUUGUGUCGCUGUGUGUUUCACCUGCCUGACUCACUCUUCUGGCUCUGGUUGGCUCCCCUGGCCUGACUCCGUCAUGGUUUCUCGAUCCUCACUGCCCUGCUGACCCACUUGGUGACAUCUGACAUCUGACUCUCUACCUGGCUAUCAUCAUCCGCAUCCUGCAGAGUCUCUUCUGUUGUUUUAUCAUCUGGUUGUGCCACAUCUUCUCUUUUACCUUUAUACACACCUCACCAUACAUGUCUUUCCAGAUAACCUCAUGUUCAGCAUGUCUAAUAAUGACGUAGUGUCCCUUUACUUGCUUUAUUCCCCAAACCCGAAGACAGCAUGUUUUAUUUCUUGUUGGCUAAAGAAGGACGAGCUUUCAGCUGACUGAUGGGCCUUUGGCCUUGCUUGCAGUGUCGAGGGGUUUCCUUGGCUGCAUGAGCAUGGCCCUCCAGUUCUUGGGCUUGUUUUAGCCUUAAGGAUGUGGUUGCCAUAGAUGUUUAUCUCCAUGUUACCUCAUUUUAAUCAGAAGUAGUCAAAAAAAGAAAAGAAUCAAUCUAUGCAGAUGUCAACGUAGAGUGAAUGCAUUUUUAUUUCCCCAUCCGUGCUCGAGUUUAGAGUAAUAAACCACCCGAUCUGAAUGGCCAAGAGAGAGGUCAGAAAAUAUUCACCAGAGUGUUUUGAGUUUCUGAGGCAAUGCACCUAUGCACCUCCUCUGUGUUGCAGGAAUUUCUACUAAUGGUGCUUCUGCUGGUGCUCGAACUAAAUGGUGUCAGAAGACCUCAUCAAGAGCAUAUUUUAGUCCUCUUACAGUCGAGGGAUUUGAUGCCACAGCGGACUUCAUACACAGCUGUAAAAGUCUUUGUAUAUAUACGAUUUGACAAUGGGGGCUUUGUGAGCAACAAUCACUUGGAGACCCACACAGAGGAGAUUCCCCUCUAUGAAUAUUACCGUCAUAAAUACCAUUAUAGACUACGAAGUGGGGGCUAUGUCCAAUAGAUGUUUUCCCUGCAGGUCUGUUUGUACCAUUGACACCCACAGUAUGCUCCCGCUCCCCUCACCCCUGUACAACCACCAGUAGUCUGUGAGACCUCCUGAAACAUAGUGACUUGUUUACUCCUUCUCAACAAGGUGGCCUGUGCCUCAUGAAAACUGUACACUUAUAUGAUAGAUAUGCAUAUAUUAUACAUAUAGAGAGAAAUCUAUAGAUUGUGUCUAUGCGUGGUCAGAAAAUCGUUACUGACGAGAUACUAUGUUUUUUUUCUCUUUCUGGUUAUUUUUCUAACUGGCUGGAGGUCGGGGAGAUGUCUUAUUUUGUGUUGAGUGGUGUGGUUUUGUUUCCCCUCUGAUUUUUACAUUGUGAGAAAACCCCUAAGCAGCAGCAGCAGCAAGUAACAUUCCCUGUCUGAAAAUACAGGACAGUCCAAAAGAGAAAAAAAGAGCUUUAAAGCAGUUUAUGGGAAAAAGAGAAUUAUAUCCAAAUCUAUUUAGAAGUUUAGAGAAGAUGACAUUACUACAUUCCUUUCAACAUGUGAAAACAACUCAGUUGAAGACCACCUGCCCUGUGGUAACAACUCAGAAGAAGAAAAAAAACACAGAAUUUUGCAGCUCACAUAAGUAGCAUUGAGAUUAUGUCUGCUGCACUCAGCCGACAGAAACUUGCACUUGUGAGUGAGGACUAUCUAAGUGGAGGUUUGAGUGACUCUGUCGGGAUGAACAUUUCUUUUGCGUGUUUGUCGUCGUCGUCUUGUGAACAGAAGUGGUGACAUGUGACCGUGGUUAAAAAGCUGAUUAACGUAGAAAAACCAACACACAUUGUUACAGUGUAGUGGAAAAAUUGAAUUAGACUGUUACUACCCCCCCUCCACUCCCUCCCCUUACUCUCAUGGUGCCUGUGUGUCUCCCUUAAAUGGCCAAGUGUUGAUUGUUGUAUAUAAACGUCUUUCCAUGUCCCCCCAUCUUCCUCAAACCGAGGGGAUACAUGCAUCAUUUCUACGUCUCUUGCUUCCACCGCGAACCUUCACGGCUCCUGUCACUGACCAAGAAUCAACAGAUGGUGUGAAACUUUAGUACGAAUGUUGAGAGAAGGGUCCUGAUUUGGAUUUUUUUUUCUUUUUUUCUUUUUCUCAAAAAAGAAGGGACGACAAUGCAAACAAGACAGAGGAGCGAAAAUCCUCUCACUUCACCAUCAGGGGGGCGGAGUACAAAUCCUCCAUUUUCAGGUCCUUAUCUACUGAAUACUUGAAGUAGGGGGUUCUCCUACCAUGAAAUAGCGUAUAUGAUUUACAUGGUAGACAACAUGAAACAUUUCAAUUGUGCCCAUGCAUGCUGAUUUUUACAUAACGUGCCAACUGAAAGUGACGAUGUAAGGAUAAUCUCCUGUUCUCUAUGCAGAGUGAUUUCUCAGCUGUUGUGUCAAACAGGUUUUGGGAGAAAUGGGGCUUAUAUGCUGGGGCUGGUUUCCUGGGCUUAGACUGAUCCUGGUUUGUGAAUGACUGACGUUGCACUCGGUGUGAGG